CAACACAGCGAUACUCAACGGCAGACUGAGUGAAAAAGAUCUGGAGUAGUCUGGUUCACACGGCUCUUAUAUAAUGAAAUCAGUGUGUUAAAUAGUGCUAUCAAAACACAAGUUUGACAAGCUUGUGUGUUGUGUUCAAUGAUGUCUGAGGUCAAAACAUGGCUUAUACUUUGACAGAAGAUUGUACGUAUAGCUUAACAAAAAAAGAGGAUGAAAAAAAACGUGUUUAUUUUGUAAAACUCACUGACUCAUGCUUAAAAGCACUAGAAGAAUAUGUCACUAAUAAGGUUGCUACUCAGCGAAAGCCCACCAUAAAGUUUGAAGGACAAAAUGGGGCUUUUACUAUCCCUUGCAGGCCAGGCUCAGCAGGUAAAGACGUGUGUAAAAAAUUUGAUUUUGUUGUUUCAAAAUUAAUUUCUGUUGAGACUAACCCACUUCAAGGAAUUCUUGAGUGCAUUAAACAUACUAAAGAAGAAUUCAUAUCAUAUGGACAGUUGGAAGAAAAACUCUCUGUUGCUGCUAGUGAUGAUAGUUACGAACAAACACGAAAUCGAAUGGCCCAAGUUGAUCAAGAACGCAAGGAUGUCAGUACCAAAGAAAUUAAACUGGAUGUCAAAAAAGGUAAAAAGCAACACAAGUCUAAACCUAUUUCAUCUGAGGUUGAACGCAGAUUGUCUGACAUGAAGAAGCAUAAUUCACAAACAGUCACUUUAAAACCACAUAACUCAAACCAGGUGUCUCCUGGAACAAAUAAGAAUUCACCUUCCUUACAAAUAAAAUCUGCCGUAUCAUCCAAGAAUUCACCUUUGAACAAUAAAAUUGUUUCGUCAAGCUUAACUAAAACUCCAACAAUGAAUCAUGUUGCAUCUAAAUGCUCCUCUUUAAAUGUUGUCACACCAAAAAGUUCAUUGAUAAAUGAAACAACAUUAAGUUGCAGAGAAAGGGUCAUCCAUGUGUUAGCAAUAAAACCCCUUAAGAAACCAGAGUUAAUGACACGUUUGCAAAAAGAAGCCAUGAGUCAAAAAGAUCGUAACAAUUUACCCAUGGUUCUAAAACAAGUAUCUACCUUGCAAGAUAGUGAGUUAAAAUUGAUUCCUGCUUUAUACAGUGAAGUGAGGGUUGAUUCUUGGCCAUACUACACCGAUAGCGAACGCUUAAUUGUUAAAAGAAAUAUUUCGAUGCAAAAGGGAAAUUCAGCUUUAUCACCACAAAUGGUAACCUCAACUUCUAAGUCACCUGAAGUUAAGGUUAACAGCUUAAAAAGAGCUUUAGAUGUAAACUCUACACUUGAUAGUAAAAAUAUAAAAAGUUUUGGCAAUGAAGAGCCUUCUUCAACAUCUUCCUCAUCCCCAUUACAUAAUAGCGCAAAAGUUAGAAAAACAGAGUCUUUAAAAGAAAACAAGAAGCCAUCUUAUGAAGAGGAGUCACCUCCAACAGUUGCUUCAACAUCAGAAACACCGGAACAUUUAGUAAAUUAUAAACCAAUCAUUACUUAUGAACAGCGGUGCCAAUAUAAGAGGGAUUUUCAAGCUGAAUAUCCUGAGUAUAUUGAAUUAAAAAAAAAUUGUGAUUCAAUAACAACUAAGUUUAUUGAAUUAGACCGCUCUUGGAGGAGGCAAGAAAAAGGCUCUGACGAAUAUUAUCGCCUUCAAAAUGAAAUAAUUGACUCCUACAACAAACAGCAAGCAGAUGAAAAGUAUAAAGAAAUGAAAAAACGUUGCGAAGAGUUACAUAUGAAAUUAAGCCAUAUCAAAAAACUUGUUGUUGAUUAUGAUAACGGACAUAUGUAGUAAUCUUGUUGCAUACCUCUAACUUAAAAGACUUUGACCACAAAAAGGUUACAUGAUCCUUGCGUGAUUUUAAUUGGUUUGAGAAAAUAGCUAACGAUUAAUUUAUAAUUGCCGUCGUGAAGAAUGAUCCUUCGAAGUAAUUUUGUUAAACUACUUUUUUAGGAAAAUCAGCUGACAUUUUUCUAAUAUAAUUUUCUUAUCUCUGGUAGUAUUGGAAAAUAUAUUGUUAAAAGUGCAGUGAGAUGCAUCUUAUCUCUAUUAGAACUUGCUACUAUUAUUUAACGAAUUUCGUUCUCAAUUUUUUCAGUAUCUUAAAGUUGCAACAUUUGAGAUGUUUUAAAGUAUUUGUAAAAUAAAAAUUAAAAAAAAAAAAACGGUUAUAUAUAUAAUAUUUAUACUUUGUGGAGCUUGUUGUUCAUCUAUCAAAAAUUUAUUACGAUAAA